AUGGCCUCCUCCUCCGCGCGGCCCGCCGUCCUGGCCUCCACUGCGCUGGUGCUGUUCCUGCUGCUGUGCCUGGGCCCAAGUGCCAUAAGUGGAAAUAAACUCAGGCUGAUGCUUCAAAGACGGGAAGCACCUGCUCCAAAGAAAACGGACCUGGCUGUUGAGGAGAACAAAGCCCAAAACUUCCUGGGCAGCCUGAAGCGACAGAGACGGCAGCUGUGGGACCCGACCUGGUCCAACACCCAGCAGGGGUACCCACAGUGGGACCCGCAGUGGGACCCGCAGUGGAACCCGCAGCUCCCCCAUACGGGCUUCGACGAGGUGAUAUUGGAAGGUCUCUGGCUAAAUGAUGAGAGUGGACACGACUACUCUGAUUACCACAGUCACCACAAUGAGGAUGCCGCCGCGGGUCCCCAGAGCCCCGACAGCUCUCAGGAAGGAGCCAGCGACAAUUAUGACGACUACUAA